GUUACAUAUUUGGGUAAGGUUUCCACAACAGGGAUGCAAUUUUUGUCAGGCUGCACAGAGAAACCAGUCAUUGAAUUAUGGAAGAAGCACACGCUUGCCAGGGAGGAUGUUUACCCAGCUAAUGCCCUUCUGGAAAUUCGCCCUUUCCAAGUCUGGCUGCAUCACCUGGACCUCAAAGGUGAGGCGACAGUCCACAUGGAUACCUUUCAGGUAGCACGUAUAGCCUACUGCACUGCUGACCACAACAUCAGCCCAAACAUCUUUGCCUGGGUCUAUCGGGAGAUCAACGAUGACUUGUCAUACCAGAUGGACUGCCAUGCUGUAGAGUGUGAGAGCAAGCUGGAGGCCAAGAAGCUGGCCCAUGCCAUGAUGGAGGCCUUUAAGAAGACUUUUCACAGCAUGAAAAGUGAUGGCCGGAUCCACAGGAACAGCUCCUCAGAGGAAGUGUCUCAUGAAUUUGAAUCUGACGAUGGCUGACUGAACUCAUUCAUGGUUCAGCAAAGGCAGAAAUGGCUUAGGGAAUGAGAGCUGAUAGUUUGCAACAAUUGAACUGGGGAAUGAAAGGACAGCCAAACACUUAUCUGACCAGCUUUUUAAAUCAAAAGAGCAAUUCAGUACCUACAGAUAUGCAUCAUUAAAGUAAUCAUGUUACAUUGAAAUC